UUCUGGAGCCUAGACUCUUGGAUUCAUAACUUCAUGAUGUUUCUAAGCAAGUCAUUAAUCUCUCUGUGCUUCUGUUUCCUCUCCUGUAAAAUGGUGACAAUCCUAGUGCCUGUCUCAUCGGGUUAUGGUGAGGAUUAAACAAGUUCAUGAUGUAAAGCGCUAAGAAGAGGUGCCUGGCACAUAGUACAUGCUCUGCAAAUGCCAGCUGCUGUUACUGUUAGGGUUAUUGUCCUUGUUGAGGACCUCCUGUGUGCUGGGAGUAUAGCAGUGACUAAGAGAGACUCGUUCCCUGCCUUCAGAGUUCUAGUGAGCAAUCAGACUGACCAUAACCUAAAAAACAUCCGGUAUCUAGUGGUGGUAAGUACUUCGAAGAAAGAUAAAGCAGAACAAGGAAAAGAGAUGGAGGAGCAACAUUGAAGAUUGUGAUCAUGGAAGGUUUUCCUGAGGCGAUGACAUUUGAGACUCAAGGAAGUGAGAGUUCUUGUGCCGGAGAAAGGCUGCGGAAGGAAACAGGUAGGCGCUAUGGUAACGGAGCAGGAGGUGGAGGCCAUUGGGCAGACACUGGUGGACCCCCAGCAGCCCCUGCAGGCCCGCUUCCGGGCACUCUUCACACUUAGAGGGCUUGGCGGCCCGGCCGCCAUCAUCUGGAUUAGCCGGGCCUUCAGCGAUGACUCUGCCCUGCUCAAGCACGAGCUUGCCUACUGCCUGGGCCAGAUGCAGGACCGCCGGGCCAUCCCUGUGCUGGUGGACGUGCUGCGUGACACCUGCCAGGAGCCCAUGGUUCGCCACGAAGCAGGGGAGGCCCUGGGGGCCAUCGGGGACCCGGAAGUUCUGGAGAUCCUGAAGGAGUACUCCACCGACCCUGUUGUGGAGGUGGCUGAGACGUGCCAGCUGGCCCUCCGGCGGCUGGAGUGGCUGCAGCAGCUCAGUGGGGAGCCGGCACCAACUGGACCCUACCUCUCAGUGGACCCGGCCCCACCAGCCGAGGAGCAUGAUGUGGGGCGGUUGAGGGAGGCACUGCUGGAUGAGGCCCGGCCGCUCUUCGACCGAUACCGAGCCAUGUUUGCCCUGCGCGAUGCGGGUGGUGAGGAGGCUGCCUUGGCACUGGCUGAGGGCCUGCACUGCGGCAGUGCCCUCUUCCGCCAUGAGAUCGGCUAUGUCUUGGGCCAGCUGCAGCACGAGGCGGUGGUGCCCCAGCUGGCAGCUGCCCUGGCCCAGCGAACUGAGAGCCCAAUGGUGCGACAUGAAUGCGCUGAGGCCCUGGGAGCCAUUGCCCGGCCCGCCUGCCUGGCUGCCCUGCGGGCUCAUGUGGCCGACCCUGAGCGCGUGGUACGGGAGAGCUGCGAGGUGGCCCUGGACAUGUAUGAGUAUGAGACGGGGCCGGCCUUCCAGUACGCUGAUGGGCUGGAGCAGCUGCGCCCUCCCCUCUCCUAGAGCCUGGCCCUGGGCCUCUCCCCUGCAGGACUUGGCACAUGAACCAUGUGGGUGUCAAUUGAUCUCACUUUCCCAGCUCCCUGGACCUGUCUGCUUGGUGGGAUCAUGGCCACUUUUGCAUCUUGAGUCCCCGUGGGGCCAGGCUGAGGUAUCUGCUGUCCCGCUAUCAAAAGGCUUAGCACAGGGCUGCAGUGCAUGGGGCAGGAUGUCAGUGUGGGAAGGAGGGCAUGCAGGGGUGUGGCUGUGCUCUGGGGAGCUUCUUCAGGAGUGAGGGGGUGCAGGGAAAGGCACUGUGGGGGCAUCUGUCCCAGAGGGCCUGGGCAAGGUGGGGAGGUGGCCCCUAGGUGGGCUGGGCUAGGGACUCGGGCUGGGGAGGGUCAAGCAGGCCCCUGGUCAUUGUUUAAGUAGAACAUUAAAU